CUAGGUACUGUUCAUAACCUAUAUUUUGUUUUAAAAAUUUACAAAGAGUAAGAACGUUAUUAUUUCGCAGUCAGGAUUUAUAGAGAAUGGAUUUUAAGCAUAUGUUCGAUUUUGUAUGGCCUAAACCGAGCCUUUUGAGUAUGAUAUUUGGUGUCAUCGCGAGUGUUGCAACACUAGUCGGUUUCCCUGCUGCUUUAAGCGCCCUCGGAUUUGGAUCUGCCGGCGUCACUGCUGGGUCUUUCGCGGCUGGGAUCCAGGGGACAUCCGUGGCAUCCGGAAGUUUAUUUUCGCUUGCGCAGAGCACAGGAGCGGCGGGGCUAGCUUUCGGGACAAAGGCUGUCUUGUUUGUAGGAGGAGCGAUUGUAGGGAUUUUUGUUUGAUAUUUCGUCUAUGUAACUAUGGACGUUCGUCACUGAAAAUUACGUCAUGAAUAUAUCACAACAUUUGAAUUUAUCUUACCGGAUAUGACGUCAUUAUUUAACAGAUUUAAAAUUAUGUUAAAAAUAUAGUGUUUUUGUUGUUAUUCUUAUUUUAAAUCAUCUUUGAAUGCAUUCUUCUUAUAAAUCAAAUAAAAACGUU